CCGUAUAAAGCGCCUGUUUCACUAGACUGAGAAAGUUAUUCACAGAUAUCCAUUCCUAGAAGCAACAGGUUGUUGACGAGAUUUUAAAACAUUCAAAAUGAAGCUUCUUUUGGUGGUGCUUUUUGCAAGCGUUGCUUGGGCCCAGCGUCCACUAACGGUGGCUGUGAUCGAUAAAAUGUACCAAGUGUACCCGAUGUACCGUCAAAUCCAGGACUAUGUGAUCAACCAGGUGGCGGAUGCACGUAUGGCGAGCUCUGCACGAAUCGACGAAUUCCACAGAGACAUCAUUAUGAUCAAGAGUAACUACCUCGCGACCUCCAUCAGGCAGGAGCAGGAUUUGAUAACCCAGAUCAAUGGCCAACCGCUUUCCGUCAAUCAGCAGUGUCUGAGCUUCCUUCGCCAGAGUGCUGAGGUUAACAUGAACCUGGCCGGUGUGUCCUACAGUACCUGUAUUACCAACGCCGGUGAUUCCCUCGUAACAACCGUAAAAGCUUUCUACGAGCUGCUAGACACGGACGAGGCGCGUUACGUCGGUGUCGGACUGUUUGAGGAGUUCCGCGACGAGAAUGUGUUUUUCGAUCCUCAGCGCAUCAUCUCGAAGCUGGAGAACCGCGUGUUCCGGCUAGAGGAUUACCCAACGCACAUCGGUAGCGAAGUGCUUGAUGCUGUCGCUGGGCUCUCCAACAUGCUGGAGAACAUUCGCCUGAACUACAUCAACUGCAUGACGUUGGGCGAGCAGAUGUUGAGGUCCGCGCUGCAGCUGGGAUUGCUACAGCUUGAACAGACUUGCAAUGGCAAUUUGAUUCCGGUCGCAGAGGAAGCCCCAGUACCACCUAACGUGGGUGCUACACCCGAACCCACAGAGGAACCCACACCCGAGCCGGAGACACCUGCACCAGAACACUAAGUUCUUUCCACGAGAGAAUUAUAAAAUGGAACACAGUUAUAACUUUUAUAAUAUUGGUGCGUCAUUGGUAAUAAAAUAUGGCUGCUUGAAUGAUCGAUAUAUUUA